AGUUGGUCACGUGGUUGUUCGGAGCGGGCGAGCGGAGUUAGCAGGGCUUUACUGCAGGGCGCGCUGGGCACUCCAGCGACCGUGGGGAUCAGCGUAGGUGAGCUGUGGCCUUUUGCGAGGUGCUGCAGCCAUAGCUACCUGCGUUCGCUACGAGGAUUGAGCGUCUCCACCCAGUAAGUGGGCAAGAGGCGGCAGGAAGUGGGUGCGCAGGGGCGCAAGGCGCACAGCCUCUAGACGACUCGCUUUCCCUCCGGCCAACCUCUGAAGCCGCGUCCUACUUUGACAGCUGCGGGGCCGCGGCCGGGGUAAGGGCGAAGGGGUUGUUGAACGGUCGCGGGAGCCGGGGCGGGGUUGGGAGGUGAGUCGAGGGACUGCCCCAUUGGCUGGGUCGGUUUUGGCGCGCUCUCACUUCCGCGCUUCCUAUUGGCUGGCUGGCGCAGUUCCCGAGGCGCGCGCCGCGGUUGGUAGGUUCGGACGCGCGGGGCCACACUGCCCGCCCCCUAGCCUGGCGCUGGGCCUCCGGGACAAGUUGGCUGGGUCCGGGCUUGGGGAGUGCAACGCGGGUAAGGGACUCAGCCUGGGCGUGCCAGCUGUGGGGAUGAGGCGAAGCAUCCAUCCUCUUGGCAGUUAAGUGGCUGGUCCUGAUCUGAGGGAUCUGCAAAUUUGGCUCAUGGAAAGAGGUGGCUGAAUCCUGCGUCUCCCAUUAAACGGAUACUGGCGUUGUUGAUACGGGUUUCGCAUGGACCCUGUCCUGUGCCAGGGUUUUUAAUCUAGCUAUUAAAGGAUCUGGAGAAUAACAAGCAAGUAAGGGUUGCAAGGUCGCUGACAGGCGUGGGAAACUUGUGAAGGAUUAGAAUGCUAAGUGGCUUUCAGCUUUUUUCACACUAAGUCUUCUGUGCUUCACCAUCUACAUAAUGAAUCCCAGUAUGAAGCAGAAACAAGAAGAAAUCAAAGAGAAUAUAAAGAAUAGUUCUGUCCCAAGAAGAACUCUGAAGAUGAUUCAGCCUUCUGCAUCUGGAUCUCUUGUUGGAAGAGAAAAUGAGCUGUCCGCAGGCUUGUCCAAAAGGAAACAUCGGAAUGACCAGUUAACAUCUACAACUUCCAGCCCUGGGGUUAUUGUCCCAGAAUCUAGUGAAAAUAAAAAUCUUGGAGGAGUCACCCAGGAGUCAUUUGAUCUUAUGAUUAAAGAAAAUCCAUCCUCUCAGUAUUGGAAGGAAGUGGCAGAAAAACGGAGAAAGGCGCUGUAUGAAGCACUUAAGGAAAAUGAGAAACUUCAUAAAGAAAUUGAACAAAAGGACAAUGAAAUUGCCCGCCUGAAAAAGGAGAAUAAAGAAUUGGCAGAAGUAGCAGAACAUGUACAGUAUAUGGCAGAGCUAAUAGAGAGACUGAAUGGUGAACCUCUGGAUAAUUUUGAAUCACUGGAUAAUCAGGAAUUUGAUUCUGAAGAAGAAACUGUUGAGGAUUCUCUAGUGGAAGACUCAGAAAUUGGCACAUGUGCUGAAGGAAUUGUAUCUUCCUCUACGGAUGCAAAGCCAUGUAUAUGAAAUGCAUUAAUAUUUGACUGUUGAGAAUUUUACUGCCGAAGUUUACCUCCACUAGUUCUUUGUAGCAGAGUACAUAACUACAUAAUGCCAACUCUGGAAUCAAAUUUCCUUGUUUGAAUCCUGGGACCCUAUUGCAUUAAAGUACAAAUACUAUGUAUUUUUAAUCUAUGAUGGUUUAUGUGAAUAGGAUUUUCUCAGUUGUCAGCCAUGACUUAUGUUUAUUACUAAAUAAACUUCAAACUCCUGUUGAA